GUUGUUGCAAGCACCAACUGUCAUAAUUGUCAAAUGAGAGCAGUCAGUAGCGUAGCAGUACUCCACGAUUUAGCAGGCUUAGUAAAUACACGUAGCCGAACCAGGAAGCACGCAAAAAAUAAUACAAAAGGCUAGAAAAUCCUUUUGUCUUAAAGAGAAAUCCUUGAGCAAGAUAAUCUCGAUUAUUUCAAUGGCUCCACAGAAUUCAAAACGAGAAAAAAGAUCAGUAUUUGACAUGAGAAUAAGCAAGAGUAGCGAUGGGAGCUCUACGAUUACCACAACACGUGGUCACGGAAAGAACACCUCGUCACUGAAAAAACGCCGUGGAAAUUUACCCAAAGAUUCUGUAAAUGUUUUAAGAAUGUGGCUCUGGGAGCACAGAUUCAACGCGUAUCCUUCGGAAAGCGAAAAACAAAACUUAUCACGAGCAUCAAACCUGAGCGUGUUGCAAGUAUGUAAUUGGUUUAUAAACGCGAGACGUCGCAUAUUGCCUGAAAUGAUCAGGCGAGAAGGCCAUGAUCCUAGUCAUUACACAAUCACGAGAAGAGCAACCAAAAGCACGGGAAGUACAAGCAGUACAAGUUCAAGGGAGAGCAAUACACAUGAGGAAUACACGAUAAAAUGUGAUAAUACUUCAACAUUCAGUGACGAAGAUUCCGUGUCGAGUUGUGACUCUGACAAUCCAGAACUUCACUCGAACUCUUCAAAAGAGUGCGAAGAAAGACUUACAGCAUCUUGUAUGCCGUACUCUACCACGCUAGCUAAUGAUAAACUGUCCCUAUUAAAAAACCUAACCGCUAAUAAUCAUAUGUCAAGUAUGGAUUUACUGGUCGAGGUUGCGCUCAAUUCAGAGGCAAGGACAGAUUUCCCGACGACCUAAUUUUGUGACAAGCUAUUGAAAACUUUAUCGUUUAAAGAUAGUAGCAAAUAAUGCUCUUUUUGUAACUUGCAAUCAUCGUCAGCUAACUUAUGACCGUUAAGGGCAAACACGCAGUCUAUAGACUCCAUAAUGAAUCUUUCGCAGUCAUUCUUUCGUUUGUCACCCACAUUCAAACACUAAUCAUUCAUCUGUUUUUCUAAUAUUGAAUUACACCGACUGCCGCAGUUGGUUACCUUGUCAACCACUAGCGCAUCGAAACAUGCAUCAAAAUAUGACAGUAUUGUAAUCAUUGUAAUACGUGUACUUAGAUAAUUUAAAAACAGACGCUGGUAAAAAGAACACGCUUGCUUGAAAUAUGACUUAAACACGUUGGUGAAAUGUAAAAAGGUUAACUUCGACAUAAUUCUUGGAUAUUCAUCGCUUGUUUUUAUCAGGUCGGCCAAAGGGCUUUCAUAUGUGCAAUAACAUAUUGAUUAUAUUGGCAUUCCGUA